AUGGGAGUAGGUACUCCUUCGCGCCGUAAGGAGAGGUCCGUGCGAAAUUGGGAGGGCCCAAGUCGCGAAGGGUCCGCUGAGGCGUGGCGAGGCGGCGCAAGGGCGGAGCGCCCGCCUCUAGUGCCUACCGUAGCCUCUCACUACCAUAGCGCGAACCACGGCAAGUUCGCUCCACGGUCGUUGACAACGAGAGAGCGUAGGGUGCUGUCCUAUAGUAUGCGAUACUGCGAAGACUGUAUUAUCCUGAAGGAGGCUGCGGAGAGAUUAAGGAAGGCAACCCGGGGCCCCGGCCGAUGCGACAGAGACAGAGUGGAGCGCCGAAAAAGGAGGCUACCUUUUGUGAGACUGUCGUCCAAAAGGAGGCUGCUGAGCGUGAUCGGGAAAGAGCUGAUCCCACCCGCCGGAGACAUCGGCAGGCAGCUGGUGCUCUGU